AUGCCACCACGGCAGCGGCUCACCGGCCUGGCCACGGGGUCAUUCCAGGCAAAUGCCCACGACUGGCAAGUGCGGGGAACCCGCAGAAAACGGCCCAACACUGCGGCGCCGCCUCAAAGAAAGGGACAUUCCCCACCCCGGAGGGCGAAGGUGACGGGGAACGGCGGCUGGAUACAGAGCCCGGCACCGGCAGCUAGCUGGCAGCCCGAGGCGGUCAUCGUGCCCAUGCUACUCGCGCCCAUCCUCCUCGUGGGCACCGUGGCCAAGGCCCUGGUGCUGGCCGUGUUGCUGCGCGGCACCAACCUGUUCAUCCUCAGCCUGGGCGUGGCCGACCUGUGCUUCGUGCCCUUCCAGGCCGCCAUCUACACCCUGGACGGCUGGGUGCUGGCGCUCUGCAAGGCCGUGCACUUCCUCAUCUUCCUCACCAUGCACGCCGGCAGCUUCACGCUGGCCGCCAUCUCCCUGGACAGGUACCUGGCCAUCCGCUGCUCGCUGCACUCGCGGGAGCUGCGCACCCCGCGGAGCGCGCUGGCGGCCAUCGGGCUCAUCUGGGGGCUGUCGUUGUUCUUCUCCGGGCCCUACCUGAGCUACUACCGCCAGUCUCGGCUGGCCAACCUGCCCGUGUGCCGCCCGGCGUGGAGGCCCCGCCGUCGCGCCAUGGACCUCUGUACCUUUGUCUUUAGCUACCUGCUGCCGGUGCUGGUGCUCGGCCUGACCUACGCGCGCAGCCUGCGUUACCUCUGGCGAGCGCUGGACCCGGUGACCGCCCGCUCGGGUGCCGGCGCGCCGGUCCUCUGCGGCUGGUCCGGCCGCUUCCCGCUGACGAGCGCCGCCCACGUGCUGCGCAUCCCGCACCUGGUCUCCCCCAACUCCUGCGUCAGCCCGGUGGUCCACGCGCUGGUGCCCGAGCACUUCCGCAAGGGCUUCCGCAAGGUCUGCGCCGGCCUGCUGCUGCGUGUGCGCGGCAGCGCGCGGCCCGGCGGCGAGCGCGAGUUCACCUCCUUGACCCUCGUGAGCGAAGCCAGGGCGCCAGGCGCGGCUGCCCGCCAGCGCCGCCGGGCCUGGAGCCAGGCCCUGGCGCGCCUGGAGCGACCGACAGGCUCCUGGCAGUUGAUGCGCGCUCAGGGGGUCCGCUUGGGCGUCAAGGGGGCGAAACGGCCGGAGUCAGAGGGCUUGGUGUUGUGGAGGGGGUUCCGCUGUGAAUAAA